ACGCCCCUUUGCCCUUUGACUCAGCGGCAAACAUGUCUGCUAGUCAAGUGUGUUUUCUGAAACGGUAGCCAAAAUGUCAUAAAGUUUAGAUUACUUAGACAUUAGUUUACUAUAUUUCUAUUUCAACAAGUGGGAAUUGAUCCUGUCUCACAUUUGACACGCCACAACUGAAAAAAAAUGACGUCCAUUAUCAAGCUGACAGCCGUGUCAGGGGUCCAGGAGGAGUCGGCUCUCUGUUACCUCUUGCAGGUGGAUGAAUUCCGCUUCCUCUUGGAUUGUGGCUGGGAUGAGAACUUCUCUAUGGACAUUAUUGACGCCAUGAAACGAUAUGUUCAUCAGGUCGAUGCAGUGCUCCUCUCUCACCCUGAUCCCUUACACCUGGGAGCCCUGCCAUAUGCUGUGGGCAAAUUGGGCCUAAACUGUACAAUCUACGCCACAAUUCCUGUGUAUAAGAUGGGUCAGAUGUUCAUGUAUGACCUAUAUCAGUCUCGAAACAACAGUGAGGAUUUCACUCUAUUCACUCUCGAUGAUGUGGACAGUGCUUUUGAUAAAAUCCAGCAGCUUAAAUACUCUCAGAUAGUCAACCUGAAAGGCAAAGGACACGGUCUUUCCAUCACACCCCUUCCAGCUGGUCACAUGAUCGGAGGCACCAUUUGGAAAAUUGUGAAGGACGGAGAGGAGGAGAUUGUUUACGCUGUGGACUUUAACCACAAAAGAGAAAUCCACCUGAAUGGGUGUUCACUGGAGAGCAUCAGCCGCCCUUCUUUACUUAUCACUGACUCCUUCAAUGCCACAUAUGUGCAGCCACGGCGUAAGCAAAGAGACGAGCUGCUCCUUACAAAUGUGAUGGAGACCCUUCGUGGAGAUGGAAAUGUCCUCCUUGCUGUUGACACAGCUGGGCGUGUUUUGGAGCUGGCGCAGCUUCUGGAUCAGAUUUGGAGGACAAAGGAUGCGGGGCUGGGCGCUUACCCUCUAGCUCUACUGAACAAUGUCAGCUACAACGUGGUGGAGUUCUCCAAGUCCCAGGUGGAGUGGAUGAGCGACAAGCUCAUGAGGUGUUUUGAGGACAAAAGAAACAACCCCUUCCAGUUCAGACACUUGACCCUGUGUCACAGUCUGGCAGACCUGGCCCGGGUGCCCAGCCCUAAGGUGGUGCUCUGCAGCCAGCCAGACCUGGAGUCUGGCUUCUCUCGGGAACUCUUCCUCCAGUGGUGCCAAGACGCCAAAAACUCCAUCAUCCUCACCUACCGUACAACUCCGGGCACCCUGGCCCGUUACCUCAUCGACAACCCCGGAGAGAAGAUGCUGGAUCUGGAGGUGAGGAAACGAGUGAAGCUUGAAGGCAAGGAGCUGGAGGAGUACCUCGAGAAGGACAAAAUCAAGAAAGAAGCUGCUAAAAAACUAGAACAAGCAAAAGAAGUGGAUGUGGACUCCAGUGAUGAGAGUGACAUGGACGAUGAUCUGGAGCAGCCAGCUGUGGUAAAAAACAAACAUCACGACUUGAUGAUGAAGAGCGAAGGCAGCCGCAAAGGCAGUUUCUUCAAACAAGCGAAAAAGUCGUAUCCUAUGUUCCCCACACACGAGGAAAGAAUCAAAUGGGACGAGUAUGGAGAAAUCAUCAGGCUAGACGAGUUUCUAGUUCCCGACCUGCAAGCCACAGAAGAGGAGAAAAGCAAACUGGAGUCCGGGUUGACGAACGGAGAUAAACCCAUGGACCAGGAUCUCUCUGUUGUUCCCACCAAAUGCAUCUCCAGUAUAGAAAACCUUGAAAUUAGGGCCAGGAUAACGUAUAUAGACUACGAAGGUCGCUCUGAUGGCGACUCCAUUAAGAAGAUUAUUAACCAGAUGAAGCCCCGACAGCUCGUGAUCGUGCACGGACCGCCAGAAGCCAGUCUGGACUUGGCCGAGUCGUGCAAGGCCUUCAGCAAGGACAUCAAAGUCUACACACCCAAGCUUCAGGAGACUAUAGAUGCCACCAGUGAGACACACAUCUACCAGGUGCGCUUGAAAGACUCCUUGGUGAGCUCGCUGCAGUUCUGCAAAGCCAAAGACACGGAGCUGGCUUGGAUCGACGGCGUGUUGGACAUGCGCGUGGUGAAGGUGGACACGGGCGUCAUGCUGGAGGAGGGCGUCAAAGACGAGGCGGAGGAGGGCGAGCUGGCCAUGGACGUCACGCCAGAUCCCGCCAUCGAUCAGAACGCCACAGUGGUGGCGGCGCAGCGUGCCAUGAAGAGCCUGUUUGGUGAGGACGAGAAGGAGGUGUCGGAGGAGAGCGACGUUAUUCCCACACUAGAGCCACUUCCUUCACAUGAGAUGGCGGGACAUCAGUCGGUGUUCAUCAACGAGCCUCGCCUGUCUGACUUCAAGCAGGUCCUGCUGCGAGAGGGUAUCCAGGCUGAGUUUGUGGGAGGAGUGCUGGUCUGCAACAACAUGGUGGCCGUCCGCAGGACGGAGGCCGGACGCAUCGGUCUGGAAGGCUGCCUGUGUGACGACUACUAUAAGAUCAGGGAGCUGCUGUAUCAGCAGUACGCCGUGGUAUAGCAGCAGCAGCAGCAGCAGCAGCAGCAGCAGCAGCAGCAGAGCAUUACAUGGCAAAACAGAGACAAUCCUUAAUGAGAACUUUACCCAGAGGACAAGAGUGUGCUACACUCGGGCAGCUUCUGCUCACAUGGGCAGCCCCAGCUGUUUUACUGCAAACAUUUUUGUACAUUUUCCUAUUUUUUGGGUUUUUUUAUAUAUAUAUUUUCGUUUUUCUAGACAACGGUGUUGUUUUCUGUGGUUAAUUUACCUGAUACAGACAGAGAGGGGUGAUGAGCUACGUGAACAGACUGAAUCUCACUCACUUAAGUCUGUACAAUAACAUCCUAACGCACUGGAUGGAAGAAAAGAUUCCUUCCUUGUAAUGUCAUUAAAACAGUAAUGUUUUUUUCUUCUUUUUCCAAA